GAUUGCAAAUUUCAAGUUGACAGGCUACCGUAAGAAUUCCAAGUCAACUUGACUACAAAAACUUAAUGUUCGAUUAAUUGACGCAAACUUCCCUUCAACUUGAUGUCAAAUUUAAGUAACUUUUAUUGUUCUGGCAACACUCUGUCCUUGUAUGAAAACACCGAACAUAGAACAACUUGUAGUUCAAACUUAAAUUGUAUUAAUAUUUUAUUCAAAAAUUGGAAUAUCUUUCAUUUGGAACAGUUUUUCAAAUUGAAGGAAACUUUUGCUGAGCAAGUUUGAAGCGCCCAGCGAUUUUUUUACAGCUUUUGACAAAAAGCAUAAGAGCUUUCUCAGAUCAUUUUCAUCAUUCGAGUUCCAUAAAUAUUUAAAACAUAAUUAGAUAUCUAAAGUUCCAGAAUUUUUUAGUUCGUCUUUUCAUAUAUUUUUCAAUCGUAUACUACAUCAUGUCGAUGACCGUUCUCUUUAUUAUUUUAUACACCAGUAUAUUAGUAUCUGCUGAAAAUUGUUUGCCGCGAAGUUUUGGAGAAGAUAGUAAUGUUUGCGUGUGUAACUCUACAUACUGCGACUUUGUAACAGUACAAAUACCUCAAGAUGGACAAUUUAGAGUUUACGAAUCAAGCAAAAGUGGCCAACGAUUAGAAACAAAACUUUAUGACUUUGAUAAAAUAAUAAAAAGUAAUAUAAAGCUUUAUUUAAAUUUUGAAAAAAAAUACCAAACUAUACAUGGAUUUGGAGGUGCGUUUACUGAUUCUAGUGGUAUAAAUAUCAACACUCUUAGUGAUUCAACAAAAGAACAAUUAUUACAAUCAUAUUUUGGCGAAGGCGGAAGCAAAUAUAAUCUAGGCCGCGUUCCAAUUGGUGGUACUGAUUUUUCUCCAAGACCUUAUUCGCUCGACGAUACACCGGAUGACGUUUCACUAAGAGACUUUUCUUUAGCAAAAGAAGAUACUUAUUACAAAAUACCAUACAUGAAAAAAGCUCUGAAAAUAAAUAAAGAAUUAAAAUUUUUAUCUGCUUCAUGGUCAGCACCUCCAUGGAUGAAAACAAAUCAUAAUUAUACCGGAUUUUUGGGUUUUUUAAAAGAAGAAUACUAUCAAAUAUACGCUGACUAUUUAAUUAAAUUUUUAGAAGAUUACAAAAAUCAGGGCCUACCGAUUUGGGCUAUUUCUACCGGAAACGAGCCAGCAGAUGUUUUUGCACUCAAUACAGUUCACUUUAAUGACAUGGGUUGGACUCCUGCUACUGUUACAGAAUGGGUUGUUAAUAAUUUAGGACCGACUUUACUUAAUUCUACAUCAAAUGAAACAAUUAUCUUAGCAUUAGACGAUCAACGAUUUGACUUGCCUUGGUAUCUUCAUGCAAUGCAUAAUUAUAACAAUCAAAUCGAUAAAUAUAUUUCUGGUAUCGCAGUUCAUUGGUACAUGGAUAGAUAUUUCCCAAUUGAGUUGUACGAUCGAACACACACUGCCUUCCCAAAUAAAUUUAUUAUUAUGACAGAAGCGUGUACUGGAAGUACAUUUUGGGAAUUAACAAAAGUUCGAUUAGGAUUUUGGAAGCGGGGAGAAAGAUAUAUCAUGAGCAUUAUUGACGAUUUAAAUCACUGGAUAACUGGAUGGGUAGACUGGAAUCUCGCAUUAGACAAAAAAGGAGGCCCUAAUUGGGCUAAAAAUUAUGUUGACUCUGCAAUAAUUGUAAACUCAGAAACAGAUGAAUUCUACAAACAACCCAUGUACUAUGCAAUUGCUCAUUUCAGUAAAUUCAUUUCACGCGGAUCUGUCAGAGUUGAUCUUACUUACCACAGAAGCAUUAAAUCCGUUGCAUUCAUCACACCAGAAAAUACUACUGUAAUAGUACUUUACAAUAAAAAUGAUAAGCCAAAAAAUGUGACUAUAGUAGAUCCAAAUAAAGGAAAUAUCAAUUUAAUGGUUUCAGAAAAAACUAUACAAACAAUUAUUUAUAGACAUUAAAGAAAAAAUUUAUUUAUUUUCAGGGCGCAAUACUUUUGGUAUAUAACCAGGACAAUGAUUAUCCAAUCUACGUAAAAACGGAUUAAUUCCAUAAUCCCAAGGAGUACG